AUGAUCCUCAGAAGGUUUUCUGCCAUCUGGAACAACAGCUACACCUGGGAAAGCAUCAAAGAGGUGUCCGUGAAGACCUCUUCUGUUUCUGUCACGACAGAAUUUCAUGCUGAGUGCACCUGCAAUGUGGACAAAAUGCUCUGCAGGCUGGUGGCAAACACAUCUAUCAUGAUGAAAUGCCUGAAGUAUGUAUGCCACCAUCAUAGGAAAGAAGCCAGGCACCGGAAGUUAAGUAAGAAGAGGAAGGAAGAAGAAAUUAAGGAUGAAGAGAUCUUCCCUAUUUGUCUGUACAGCCACUGCUCCAGCACGGAUACCGUGAUGCAGGAAGUAUAAGGGAAAGGACUCCUUCUUGGACAACAAUCAUAUUUUUGUGCUCUGAUAAUUGUUUAUCCAUAUUCUUUGCUAAGAUGUUGCAAAGGCAGGAGAGUGGGGAGGUCAAGGACACAGCCAAUCCGAAGUCAAUGUCUGUUUGUUUGAACGUUUAUCUAAUGAUGACAGUUUGAGAAUUGAAUGUUGUCGAUGUUCCCGUGGACAAGGUGGGGAAGGAGGAGGGGAGAAAGAGGGACUUUUAAAAAAACAUCUUUCAGAAGCAUGGUGAUGGCACUUUGAAUUUGGAACAUCAGUAAAAUAACAUUGUACUAGGCAGAAAGAAGCCCCAGUUCUCUCCUGUGAUCCAACUUCUUUGAGCCACUCCCUCCAUGCAACGCAGCUGGAAAGCUGCCUUAUUCCAGAUAGCUGGGGACUCCUCUAGCCAAAGGUGAAUCCCCAUAUGGCAUGGAACAAGAAUUAGUGCUGUACAUCAGCUCCUCCAGCACAGUGGGCAUGGCCAAGGAACAGGGGGCAUGACUGGAGAGCCGCUGUAUCCAGCAACCCCUGGCUGCUAGAACGGCCCAUUAGGGCUGUAGCUGCUGGGUCACACCAGGGGCCAAACUGCUCCCUGACCACUCUGCAUGUCAGGGAGCUGCAUGGACAGGGUAAAUCAGCUUUGUCCCUUUUCCUCUGGUCCUGCACUAAGAAUUGCUUGGCAGGACCAGAGAACCUCAGCCUGAUGCUUUGCAUUUCUGCUAUCCAGGACUUUCCUUAGGGCAUGGGCACCAAGGGUCCACCCACAGAGUUACUGGUGCGGCUCUCACCUUAGGAGCUGCAUUUGUUGUUGGAUCAAUCACCUUACAGGUCAGGCCUAGAGUAGUAUUUAAAAUUCACUUGACCUACAGACAUGGGGGUCAGAUCUUCAGCUGGUGUAAAUCAGCAUAGUUUCAUUCACUCCAAUGGAGCUGUGAUGGACUUUCACCAGCUGAGUCUCUAACCCAUGGUGAUCACAACCUCCCCUGUGUAGCU